AAGAAAGAAAAUUUGUGAACAUCACAGACAAGAUUCGUAAACAAAAAAGGUUUUUAAUUCGUGAAAAGUGUAUUAAACUAUUGUAUGGCAAUAAAAUUAUGUGAGCCAUGCAUAGAAUGGAAUUAAUAUGUGUUACACUUUUAUCUGCAUAAAUUUUUAACUGGCAUCAGCAACAGCGAAAAUCAAAAAAUAGCAACAAAAACUUUUCAAAGAAACUCAAAUGCAAGCACAGUAGCCUAAAAAUAGAAUAGUAGUGGAUAGAGCAACUAAAAAAGCGUGGUGGCGUACAAGCAGUUCAUGUAGCAGGAAAAGUCGUCAAGUGGGUAUUUAGGCAGUUCGUUGGAAAGUUUGAGGGACAGCGUGGCGUGUGUAGUAAGAGUGCGCUCAUCAAUAUUCUGGCAAGGCGUGGAAAUUGACUAGGAAUUGGUGUUAAAAGAGUUGCCCAGUUCAGCAAAACUAGCGGCAGACACAAGCACACAAAGCAGUGGGAACGACAGCAAUUCAUCUAUUUAUCAAUUAUUAAAAAUGGCAGAAGAUGAAAUUUUGUUCGAUGACGUUUACGAACUGUGCGAAGUAAUUGGCAAAGGCCCAUUUUCCAUAGUGCGACGCUGCAUUCACAGAGAGUCAAACCAACAGUUCGCUGUUAAAAUUGUUGAUGUAGCGAAGUUUACAGCGAGUCCCGGCCUGAGCACAGCUGAACAAAAUAUGCUCAUUGCAGACUUGAAGCGCGAAGCGACAAUAUGCCACAUGCUGAAACAUCCGCAUAUAGUCGAGUUGCUGGAGACGUACAGCUCAGAGGGCAUGCUGUACAUGGUGUUCGAAUUCAUGGAAGGCUCCGAUCUGUGUUUUGAAGUGGUGCGUCGGGCUGUGGCUGGCUUUGUGUACAGCGAGGCUGUGGCAUGUCAUUACAUGCGUCAAAUUUUGGAGGCGUUACGUUAUUGCCAUGAAAACGACAUUUUGCAUAGAGAUGUGAGGCCCGCGUGUGCAUUGCUCGCCACCGUUGACAAUUCAGCGCCGGUGAAAUUGGGCGGUUUCGGUUCGGCCAUACAACUGCCGGGCGGCAGAGAGACCAUCGAGACACAUGGUCGUGUUGGUUGUCCGCACUAUAUGGCGCCUGAAGUGGUGACGCGGCGCUUAUAUGGCAAAGGCUGUGAUGUUUGGGGUGCAGGCGUAAUGCUGCACGUAUUGCUGUCCGGUCGUCUACCGUUCCUGGGCUCGGGUAUAAGACUGCAAAAUUCCAUAGCGCGUGGCCGUAUUUCGUUUGAGGCACCAGAAUGGAAAUCCAUUUCUACAACGGCUAAGGAUUUAGUUAUGAAAAUGCUGGCGGCGAAUCCACAUCACAGGCCAUCAAUAACCGAAGUGUUGGAGCAUCCUUGGAUGAGGGAUCGCGAUAAACUGCAACGUCAACAUUUGGCGGACACGGUUGAGGAAUUGAAGCGCUAUAAUGCGCGCCGCAAACUGAAAGGUGCUGUGCAAGCUAUUGCAGGUGGCACGACGUUAGAUCCACUAUUCGGCACAGACACUGACUCAAUGCCCGUGGCGACUGCUUCGGAUAUGCUCAAUGAAUGGGCUGACGAAGAAGCGGGUAUUGAAGCUGUGCAACGCAUAUUAGACUGCCUGGAUGAUAUUUAUGCGCUGCAGGAUACCAACGUCGAUCCCGAAGUGUUGCGUGAAAUGUUGCGCGAUGGUCGGUUACACCAGUUUUUGCAGUUGUUCGACCGAAUUAGUUCGACCGUGAUGUCGCCAUCUCGUGCACCAUCAGGUGAUGCUGUGGCACGUUGUAGAGACGUUGUCGAUUCAGUGUCAUCGGUUGGUGGCAAUAAAUAUUUAAAAGAUGAACUGAUGGCAGUUUUAGCCUCGUCACAUUUCCAGGUGAAUAUGGCAAGAAUCUGCUAUUUCAUAGCAACAAGCAAGAAAGUGCUAAACUCGGUCCGGGCCGUAUUUUAUAUACCCGCAAACAUUUAAAUAAAAUCUAAAUCUAAAAUUUUAAUAAAUCUAAUAUAAAAACAAUGAGAGUUAUAG